UAGACGAUGACUCGAAAUGAAAGCCUUUAGGAUCCAAAAGUUAGAGAAGCUUUAUCUCAAAUUUCGUCACCGGAACUUGUCCCUUGCCGCAAAUCUUACUAUUGACGAGCUAACCCAAGAACAAGUCCGUGUUUGGGAUCACAAUAAUAUACCAAUCCCGACAUUGCAAUACCUUGUACAAAAAUGCGCAAGGGAAAGAACAAUCUGGGGAGGCAAAUCUUGCCAUGCCCAAAUCAUCAGGCUGGGUUUUCUAGCAGACAAUUUGACUUCUAAUAUGCUCAUCAAUAUGUAUACAAAAUGUUGCGACUUGGGUCAUGCUCGGAAAGUGUUCGAUGAAAUGCCCCACAGAAGCCUUGUUUCCUGGAACACCUUGAUUGGGGGCUACACCCAGAACGGUAAUGCGGAAGAGGCUCUCAUCCUUUUCAAGGAGAUGCAUAGAGAUGGGCCGUAUUCGUUUAGUGAGUUUACGGUCUCAGGUGUUCUUUGCGCUUGUGCUGCACAGUUGGCCCUGAUUGAAUGCAAACAACUGCAUGCUUUUGCUCUGAAAGUAUCACUUGAGUUAAACCUGUACGUCUCUACUGCUCUGCUUGAUGUCUAUGCUAAAUGUAAUUUUAUAAAGGACGCGAAUUGGAUAUUUGAAUCCAUGCAACAGAGGAGUGAUGUUACUUGGACUUCAAUGGUUGUAGGUUAUGUCAAAAAUGAGCUUUAUGAGGAGGCUUUGUUAUUGUUGCGAAGAUCACAAAGAGCUGGCGUGGAGUAUAACCAGUUUACUGUGUCUUCGGCACUGUCUGCUUGUGCAGCAUUGACCUCUUUGAUAGAAGGGAAUCAAGUUCAUGCAGUAGUGUGUAAGAGCCCCUUUUGUGCAAACGUUUAUGUGGCCUCCGCUCUUAUUGACUUGUAUGCGAAAUGUGGGAUGAUUGAAGAUGCUCAUGCUGUGUUCUCAACUACAGAAGAGAAGAAUAUCGUAUUGUGGAAUUCUAUGGUUUCAGGAUUCGCUAGGCAUGGUAGAUCUCUAGAGGCUAUGGUAUUGUUUGAGAAAAUGCAGCUGAGUGGCUUGCAGCCCAAUGAGGUUACAUACGUUUCUGUGCUGUCUUCCUGUUGCCAUAUGGGCUUAGUUGAAAGGGGGCGGAGAUACUUUGACAUGAUUACCAAAGAGCAUAAUCUCUCUAACAAUAUCUUCCAUUAUUCGUGCAUGGUCGAUAUUCUUGGUCGGAGUGGUCUUGUUCAUGAAGCUAAGGAUUUAAUAGACAAAAUGCCAUUUGAGGCUACCCCCUCCAUGUGGGGGUCACUUUUGGCAUCCUGCAAAGUUUAUGGAAAUGUUGAGCUAGCUGAAGUGGCAGCUAAAUAUUUGUUUGAGAUUGAACCAAAUAAUGCAGGAAAUCAUGUCUUGCUUUCAAAUGUUUAUGCGUCGAGGAGAAAGUGGGAGGAUGUUGCACGUGCAAGGACACUUCUCAAGGAAAGUGAUGCAAAGAAAGUAAGGGGCAAGAGUUGGAUCGAAAUCAAGGACAAAGUUCAUACAUUUAUGGUUGGAGAGAGAAACCAUCCAAGAAUCGCUGAAAUUUAUAGGAGGUUGGAUGAUUUUCUAGAAGAAAUGAACAAGCAGGGCUAUAGAGGUGAAAAUGAACAUGAUCUGCAUGAUGUGGAAGAGAGCAGAAAGCAGGAAUUGCUGAAGCACCACAGUGAGAAACUAGCUUUCACAUUAGGGUUAAUGUGCUUACCUCCUGGUGUACCGAUAAGAAUUAUGAAGAACCUUAGAAUAUGUGGUGAUUGCCAUUCUUUUAUGAAGAUGGCAUCAAGUAUCACGGGAAGGAUAAUCAUUGUCAGGGAUAAUAAUCGUUUUCACCAUUUCAGAAAUGGAUUCUGUUCUUGUGGUGAAUUCUGGUAACCGGGUUGCAUUGGCUACACAAGACUCCUGUAUUUGGAAAUACACCUGGCUCCAAAACAGUGAGCUUAUGACCCCACAUUUUAGAAGAACCUUAUUGUUGUAAUCACAACAACAAUUUCAGGUAAUCAAUAGCCUGUCUACCUCAAGGAGAUAUUGUAAAAAAGAUCAGUUUUUAAGCAUCCAUGGUCGGAAUUUUGUUUUUCUGAUUGUAUUCAAAGAGCUUUUACA